AUGAACUGGGUGCCAGGGCGAAACGGCACACCACCUCCGUAUUACCAUUCUACAGUGGACGCUGGGAUCGACACCCCCAUCGAAAGACGCCACAUCACCGAGAGGGAGCCUCUAUUACCUCCGCGCGAUGAUCGGAACGAUCAGAGCUCUCGGGGUAAAAGGAGCUUCUCGCUCAAAGGGCUUGCGCUAUGCGCAAUCGUCGCACUCAUAGCCGGCAACAUUGUGGGUCCUAUCCUCGCCGUCAAGAAUGUCAAGCUCGACACCUGCCCGGAAGCAGAGGAGAUGGACCGCCUCCGUGACAAAUGGGCACUCGAGGAGCACAUGCAUGGGGUGGCCGUGGAGCAGCGAGAGCAACUCUACGAGCUUUGGCGUGUGGAGGACGCUGCACAUACAGCGAAGAUCAGGUUUUGGGGUGAAGAAGAUCUCGAACGGGAGGAGGUCCGCAAAGGGUGGCGUCAGGAGGUCAUCAAGCAUGAGCACGAGGAGCAAGAGCGGGAAGAGGUGCGGAAGGAGUGGCAGCACGAGAUGGUCGAGCAUAAGCGCUCCGAGCUGGAGCGGCAGCAGCGGGAAGCGCGGGAGCACGAGGAGGUACGCAGGGAGUGGGAGCAAGAGGUCAGCGAGCACGAAGAUGAAGAGCGCGCGAGGCGGAAGAGAGAGUUGGAAGAGCACGAGGAGGUGCGUAGGGAAUGGGAGCAAGAGGUUGAAGAUCACAAACGUGAGGAGCGUGAGAAGCGGAAAAGAGAACUGGAAGAGCACGAGCAUUCCGAACAUGAGCGCCAGAAACGAGAGGAACAGGAGCGCGAGGAGGUACGGAGAAAGUGGCAGAGAGAGGUACUGGAGCAUGAACGCGAGGAACGCGAGAGGAGAAAGAGGGAGUUGGAGGAGCGCCAAAAGAUGGACUUCUUCUGGGCGGAUGUCGAGGCGUCGCACUGCUUCGAACAACGCGUGGAGGCGUGUAAGGAAACGCCACUGAGCAUCAGCGGCCAGAUGAAGGAACCUGUCCACUGUGAAGACAAAGCUGGUCUAGGCGUGUACGGUACCUGGGAGGAGGGAGGAGACGCUACAUGUAGUACGUACUUUGACUGGUUUAAGGACAAGGGGUGUACGGCUCCGAACUCGGGCUUGCGGAGAUACGAGAUGUAUAUGGAGAAUCUUCGCCCGGGAGAUGAUUGGGAGGCUAUGUGUAAAAGCACACCAGCCACCUUCCUGGAGACAUACUUCGCUCAUCCCGACUCUUGCUCCCAAUGGCAGGGAGUUAAGGCUGCUCCGCCCGGCUAG